AUGUCCUGCAAUACCCAGUGCCGUCCCUGCCAGCCCUGUGGCCCCACUCCGCUGGCCAACAGCUGCAAUGAGUGCUGUGUCAGGCAGUGCCAGGACUCCACUGUUGUCAUUCAGCCACCUGCUGUGGUGGUGACCCUGCCUGGGCCCAUCCUCAGCUCCUACCCACAGAACACCGCCGUGGGAUCUUCUACCUCUGCUGCUGUUGGCAACAUCCUCAGCUCUGAUGGAGUGCCCAUCAACUCUGGGGGCUUUGACCUCUCCUGCAUCACCAGGCGCUAUGGUGGAAGGAGGGGCCUCCCCUGCUAGUG